AGUUAAACAAAAUUUAAAAUUAGAAUAAAAAUUAGAUAAAUCAAACUAAAAUGAGCAAGUUUAUUGUAUCAUCGCUGCUUAUAAUAAUGGGCGCUUUGUUUGUCGCCAAUGUGUCCGCGAACUACACCGAAGAAGAUAUUAAAAAUAUGAAAAUGAUAUUUUGCGGCGUUUGCAAGGAUGAGGCGGUGCGCAACGAUUUGAUGAAUUACGGCAAAUGUGCGGCAAAACUAUUCCCAGAGAUAACGGGGAAAGUGAUGGCCAUUCGUACGGCUAAAAAGGAUGAUAUGGACGGUUGCUUUACAGAUGUAAUGGCAUUAUUCACUGAAUUUAUGAAAACCAACCCUGAUGCCGCCAAAAAGGGCGAGGAGUGCUUUCACGCUAAUGUUAAAAAAGAAGACCUCAAGAAUUGUCAUUAAUGUCAAUUUAUAUGUCAAUCAGGAUUAUGACCUGAAUAUAGUAUAGGUUCAUUCUUAAUUAUAAAUUUACAAAAAUGCUUUUAUCAUUCAUUAAUUUACAAAACAAAAAAAUUUUAUUAAUAAAAUAUUUUAUUAUGAAUUAACAA